AUGGUACUGGCUAAAGUGAAACUGAAACUUAGACGAGUGAGGAGACAAGGACAGAGACCACCACGUGUCAACAUUUCCAAGCUCAAAGAUCCAUCUAUCAAGAAAGCCUUCCAGAUUCAGGCGAGGAACAGAUUCAGUGUGCUUAAGGAACAGCAGAACACUGGCCUUCAGCAGUUCAAUGAGGUGCUACUGGAAACAGGAAAACGGCUGUUUGGACACAAAAAGAAGAAAAGAGAAGAAUGGAUAUCAGAUGACACCUGGAGGAAAAUAGAAAUGCGGAAAGGGAAAAAGAGUAAAAUCCUUGGUACCAGGUCGCAGAGAUUAACAGAACAACUGCAGACAAACUAUAAAGCUUUGGACAAAGAAGUGAAAAAGGGAGCAAGAUCAGACAAGAGGAAAUACAUCGAAACAAUAGCAGAGGAAGCCGAGCAAGCAGCAUCCAAACAAGACAUGAAAACCCUCUACAGACUGACCAAGACACUCUCAUGGAAAUGCCAAACUGCAGCCGGACCGGUCAGAGACCAACAGGGAAGCAUCAUGUCCAAAGAAGUCUUGCUGCGCUGGAAAGAACACUCCGAGAAAGUGCUGAACCGAGAAGAUACAGAUACAGAAGCAAACAUUGAACCUGCAGCCGACAGCCUGGACAUCAGCAUAGAACCACCGAACAUUGAAGAGGAGAAAAGAGCAAUAAGGGCACUUAAGAACGGGAAAGCACCAGGAAUGGACCAGAUAUAUGCAGAUAUGCUCAAGGCAGAGGACUCAGUAACACCAGCGCUACUAACAGACAUAAUAUCAAACGUCUGGGAGUCUGAAGAAGCGCCAGAGACCUGGAAGACAGGCUAA